CGUGAACCGGCACGGCUGGGAGAAGCGGAUUAUAAACAUGAUGAUUAUUUUCCUUUUCACCAUAUUUCUUCUCACAGUUACAGUUCGGACCCUUUCUUUACUUGGACACACAGGAGGUGCAGUCAUUAUGAAGUGUGGUUAUAAUGCAUCAUACAUAAACAACAGAAAAUAUCUCUGCAAAACAUCAGAGCAAGUGUGUCCGAUCAUAGUGGAUAACACAGGCACCCCUGCACCAGACAAAAGGUUCUCUCUACAUGACUACAAAAUGGAGGGAAUUUCAUGGUGUUGGUCACACAGCUGACUGCUGUGGACAGUGGAACAUAUUUGUGUGUGGUGGAGAACGCUCCUUCUCAGACACCUACUGACAUACUAUUGAAAGUUAACACAGGUCCAUGGCAGUCUACUACAAUGCAUCGUCUUCUAGAGGAGAGCAUUGACUUUAUCUGCACUUUCCCUGAAUCGCACAAAACGAGAAAGAAAUACGUUUGCCACCGUCAGAGAAAAUUAACUUGUUUUGAACUCAAUUCUGUGACUCCGAGGAUGCAGAUUCGCACACUAUCUAAUGGCUCUGUGUCUGUGAUCCUGGACCAGCUAACAGCAGAAGAUGCUGGAGAGUACUGGUGUGGAGUAAAGGCAGCUAUAGGUGAAUCCAUCACUCUGAUCAGCCGGACCCAACUCAUUAUUGGUCCUGAGACAUCUUCCUCAACAACAGUGUCACCAUCACCAUCACCAACACCAUCGGUGCUGCCAACAGCACCUGGUUUGACUUUCCUAGGUACGAGUAUAGUUGUUCAGGCUGUUCUGACUGCUGUGGCUCUGCUGCUGGUGAGCGUAUUCAUCGUCAUCUGCAGGACACAGAGGACAAGAGAGCGUUCCCACCCUUCCGACGGCCCAUCAAACAUCACUGAUACAAACAACCAGAUUUCUCCCCCAGCCCACGUAUAUGAGGAGAUUAAAGACACCAGUAAGACUUGUCCCAUACCCAACUCUGUUUAUGUGAUGGCCCAAUUACCCACAAUCCCUUUCGCUGACCCCACCUAUUUAACCGCUGGAUCGCCCUCAAACCCAAGAAGGUGAUGCUAAUUAUACUUCCCCUUAGAAUGAUCUAUUUGUCAUUUUUGUCCAAAUUGAGUUAUUCACAUAUUCUUAUUCUGUUUUAACUUGGUAAGGUGAGCAGAGGUGUUUGUUGUUGUAUGUAGUGUUUGACAUUAUGUUUUUGUUCAAAACAGAAGGCAGUGAUUUGUUACCUCGCUGUGGCAAUGUAUGUUGGCAAA